AUGGGCGUCUGUUUUAGCUCCGAGUCCAAUCAGGACGUCGAACAGAAGAAGCGAAGUCAGAUGAUCGAUAAGAAAUUAGAGGAGGAUUCGCGGCGAUUACGACGAGAAUGCAAGAUUUUGCUACUUGGUUCUGGCGAAAGUGGAAAAUCGACCAUUGUCAAGCAAAUGAAGAUUAUCCAUCAAAAUGGAUAUAGCGUCGAAGAACUUACACUUUACCGCCUGACCGUGUACAAGAAUCUUCUUGAUUGCGCCAAGGCCUUGAUUCAAGCGUAUAGUUAUUUCGACAUGGAGCCUGCGAGCCAGAGAGUGCGGGACUUCGUCACAUAUAUCUCGGAGUACAACAUAGAUCCCGAUCCCACCAUAGCUUUGGAUCCCAAAGUUGGCGAUGCAGUGACGUACAUCUGGAAUGAUCCUUGUACAGCCUCGGUCAUGGAACACCAAAGCGAAUUUUACCUGAUGGAUUCUGCACCUUACUUUUUUGAGCAUGCAAAGCGGAUAACAGCUGAUGACUACAUCCCGAACGAAGCCGACGUGCUUCGCGCUCGUACAAAGACGACAGGAAUAUACGAGACAAGAUUUACCAUGGGGCAACUGAGUAUACACAUGUUUGACGUUGGCGGGCAACGGAGCGAACGUAAGAAAUGGAUCCAUUGUUUCGAAAAUGUCACGUCAAUUAUCUUUUGCGUGGCACUAAGUGAAUACGAUCAAGUCUUGCUGGAAGAAAGCAAUCAGAAUCGAAUGAUGGAGAGCUUGGUUCUUUUCGACUCGGUGGUCAAUUCCAGGUGGUUCAUGCGCACAAGUAUUAUUUUGUUCCUGAACAAGGUCGAUCUUUUCCGACAGAAGCUCGACCGAUCACCUUUGAGCAAUUACUUCCCAGACUACUCUGGGGGAAACGAUGUCAACAGGGCGGCAAAAUACCUUUUGUGGAGGUUUAACCAGGUCAACCGGGCUCAUUUAAAUCUAUAUCCUCAGUACGUCAAGCUUAUCCUUUCUCUGUUUCCUGUCCGCUGA